CAUUGUCGCUGUUGUCUUUGUUUUUUCUUUGCCUCGAGGUUUGGUCGGCCGAAACCAAGGAGGUCCAGAGGCAGACGACAUAGUCACUGAGCUCUACUGCCUGGACCGAAUGAGAUCGCACGUUCCGGCCGCGUCGGAUGCAUAUUGCCUACUCGAACUCACCCAUUCCCCAAGGUCUCAGUGCGGAGAUUUGAAGUCAGAGCCGGCGUUUCAGACACCCGGAGUGCCGAGCUGAAAUGGAUGUAAAACAAGAGGAACGCGAAUGCAGUCGUCUUGUGUCGCGUCCCGUGCGAUCUAGAGACAGAUGGAAAACACCAAGCUCACCGCGACUCGUAAGACUGAGCGAGGGUGGAUCAACCCAAGGGAGAGAAUCCCGCUUGUGGAAGGUUCUCCGUCCUUUCUGUUGCAGCGUGAGUCAAAAUCGAGUAAGCCGCAGAAUACUGCAAACUGUCGUGAACCCUUCCCCUUCUCUGACUCGCAUGCUGUUGUCGUUGACUACCAAAUGACAAUAUCUGCAGGGCUGAGUUAUACAAGAAGGGGCUCUCUUCCAUCAAGCAAGGGAGGUACAAUGAAGGAUGAACAUGGUUUGCCGAGCGCAGACAGAUACCGUGUUCGUAUCGAAGCGCGUCGCAAGAACCAAAAAAACUACAGACGAUUGAUAUGGUCGGCAGCUCGGCAUUUAAAGGUCAGUACCAGAAGCUGGAAUGGUAUGGUAUGCAAGUGGCCGGCACGACGGGACAUCCAAGCCGGCUGGACGGGCAAAUCGUAUGCGUACUUGGACAUGGUAAAAUGAAGGUGAUUCGCACAAAGAGGCGCCAACGGAUAGACGGCGGCAGUUGGGAAAUGGUCGCGGUGGGGAUGGGGAUGGGGAAACAAGAGAUUGGCGUGUUAUAGCUGAACGGGGGUGAUUGACUCGAUGAGUAGUGGCACUAUGCACUCUGAUAGAGCGUAUCGCAUAGGUAGAGGCCGAGAGAUUUGUCGCUUUGGUAAGAGCGAGAUAGCGUAUGGGUCUCUUGAGACAAACACGGCUAAAGGACGCGUCCCCCGGCGGUUGAGGAAAGAGGAGAGCUUGUGGGAGCAAUUGGUGGGGAAGACUGGGCGACUUCCCUUUCAGAACUGCAAAAUGAUACAUGGAUUCGAAGGUGUAGAAGGCAGCAGCAACGGUGGUUUUGCAAGAGGGCUUCUUGAGGCAGGGAGAUUUGACUGCAGUAUGACGAUGAUUGCAGUGGCCGCCGGUGGAUUCUUUUUUU